AUGUCAGAUGGAUCUGCCGACACCCCACUCCUCCACCGGCACCUCGAGGGGUGGCGCCGCCGCAUUACCUCCGCCGUCAACCUCAAGACCUCCCUCCCAUCCGAGCUGAGCGGCGCCGUCGGCGACCUCGGCACCUACAUCCCCAUCGUCCUUGCCCUCACGCUCGUCUCCAAUCUCGACCUCUCCACAACCCUAAUCUUCACCGCCGCCUACAACAUCGCCACCGGCGUCCUGUUCGGAACCCCUAUGCCCGUCCAGCCGAUGAAAUCGAUCGCCGCCGUCGCCGUCUCGGAGACGCCUCACCUGACGGUUUCGCAGAUCGCCGCGGCCGGAAUCUCCACCGCCGCUGUGCUGCUCUUCCUCGGUGUCACCGGCCUCAUGUCCGUUCUCUACCGCUUUCUUCCUCUUCCGGUCGUUCGGGGUGUUCAGCUCUCACAGGCAAAGUAUUCAAUUUUCCUUGGCCUGGCAUUCGCAUUUUCGGCCAUCAAAUACAUCCAAUACAACCAAGAUUUCACCAAAACAACAUCAACCAAAACAACCGACCCUCGACCCUGGCUCGGCUUAGACGGCCUUAUCCUCUCCCUCACUUGCCUCCUCUUCCUAAUCAUCACAACUGGUGAUGGAACUUCCAACACCAACACACAAAACCCUCGAAAUAUCCAAAAACGACUCAAAACUCUAUCAUCAAUCCCAUCUGCCCUCAUAAUCUUUCUCCUUGGCCUCACCCUAUGCUUCGUCCGUGACCCAUCCAUCUUCCACGACUUAACCCUCGGGCCCUCGGGCUUCCAUCUGCUAACCAUAACAUGGAAUGACUUCAAGAUUGGAUUUUUACGUGGAGCAAUCCCUCAAAUCCCGUUAUCCGUCCUGAAUUCUGUUAUUGCUGUUUGUAAGCUGUCGGGCGAUCUUUUUCCGGGUACUGAAUUAUCGGCUGCUAAAGUGUCGGUAAGUGUGGGCCUCAUGAACUUGGUCGGGAUCUUGAGGGGUUUUCCGGUCGGGAUUCUUGGGGUGCUUUUGUUGUUUGCCGGGAUCGAGCUGGCAAUGGCGUCUCGGGAUAUGAACUCGAAGGAGGAUUCUUUGGUUAUGCUGGUUUGCACGGCUGUGUCGUUGACUGGGUCAAGUGCGGCUCUAGGGUUUGUUUGUGGGGUCGUUUUGCACGUGGUUUUGAAAGUGCGAGUGAUGGAUUUUUCGAGGUUGGGGUUUUCCGGGCCAGACUCCGAAGCUGGUGGUGAAGAAGAGUUGCUCGUUAGUCCCUAA